UCUCAAACUUGGCGUCUCUCUCUCCCACUGAAUAUGACUAAUGUUUUUUUCUUGUUCGCAUAGCAUUUAGGAAUAUUUACGCUGCAUAUUAACUGUAAAUAGCCUACUGUUUAUUCUUUAUGACUUUAUGUUAAAAAACUUGGUGAAGAAAUAAGGACAGUAGCUACCCGCCGCCGGACCCUUAGUGAGGAGGGAUUCUGGUUUUCUUUUCCUUUAAAAAACAAACAAACAAUAGAAAUCGGAUGUUUUACAGUGCAGUCAGAUAGGGUCGAGUGUCUCUCCUCCCCUGCACACCGCGGCUACCUGGAGAGAAGAUUUGGAUUAAGUCUAAUGAACUGGGGGGUUGCCAGUCCGCAGCCAAGGGGAUUCUCAAUCCGACAACAAAGUGAUGGACAAUAUCACCGUCCGACAAGGAGAGACUGUCUUUCUCAGGUGUGCACAGGGGGACGUUGUCACACACACAGCAUGGCUAAACCGGUCAAGUAUACUGUAUGCCGGAGAAGACAAAUGGUCUGUGGAUCCCAGAGUGAGUCUGGUGACCCUUAAUCAAGAGGAGUUUACCAUCAAGAUUGAACGUGUGGACAUGACAGAUGAGGGGCAGUAUGUGUGCGCAGUCCAGACAAGCAGUCGACCAAGAACCACCUCAGUGCACAUUCUCGUCCAAGUACCACCAAAAAUCAUCAACCUGUCAAGAGAUAUUGUGGUAAAUGAAGGCUCCAACAUCACCCUGAUGUGCCAAGCCAGUGGUAAACCAGAGCCUUCCAUCAGCUGGAAACUCAUCUCCCCUUCAGGGGACCUGGCAUCAGACGAUGAGUACCUGGAAAUCCCAUCUAUCUCCAGACAUAGAGCUGGGACUUACGAAUGCACAGCCGUCAACGAUAUCGAUACAGACGUCCAGACCGUAGACAUCACCGUCAACUAUGCUCCAACUGUGUCAGAGGGCAGAGACGUUGGAGUGACUCUGGGCCAAAGAGGAGUGCUGGAGUGUGAGGCUGAUGCAGUGCCUGAGGCAGAUUUUGAGUGGUAUAAAGAUGACAGGAGGAUCCUCAAUGGCUUUGAUGGCAUGGAAAUUGUGAAUACUGGAUCACUGUCGAAGCUGACAUUUUUUAAUGUGUCGGACGGAGAUUAUGGCAACUACACUUGUGUCGCCAUUAACAAACUUGGGAGCUCAAACACAAGCUUCCUUCUGUAUGUGGUAAUUGAACCCACUAGCUCAACGCUACUGCAAGGACCGAGAGCAGUUCAGGAUGGCAGCGGCGGCGCCAUGGGAGUGCACUCACACACCUGUCUCCUCUUCAUAGUGUUUCUGCCGUUCCUGCUCAGAUUUUGAAGAGGAAUGGAUUCGAACACAAAUGUUUGUGUGUGUGCGUGCGUGCGUGUGUGUAUGCGUGCGUGCGUGUGUGCGUCUGAUGUUUUCUUUUCAACCGGAACCAUAAACUGAUGCACAGUGAGUGCAUGAAGUAUCCUGCUACGUAAUUAUGUUGACCCACUAAAUAAGUACGUAACAAAAGUUUCUGUUGUUUUUUUUAGAUUUCAAGGAUGUAACAAAUGUUUCACAUUUUAAUUGAAUUAUGUUGGAUAUUUUUCUCUCUAAAUUAUAUAAUUCUGGAUUGUCUCUUUUUAUGUAUAUGUCUCUGAAAAAAAAAAUACUUUUUUAAUGUGGUGUCUCUUAUUCAAAUGGAUUUGUCUUAAUUUUUAACCACAUUGCAUAUUCAUCUCAACUAAAAAAAGGCAAAUUUACAGCAAGUAUGAGAGGUGAAUGUUAAAAACCUCAAAGUCAAACAGAGAUAGUGAAGCAGACGGAAUUUAGGUUACCCUGAGGCUGACGGCCUAGUAUUAUCAUAUUUUAAUGUAUAAUAAUUAUCAUUCAGUCUGGUUGAUGCAAGCAGAAUUGUUUUUGACCUCCAAGUAUUCUCAGCAUUAUAGCGAUACUACUUGCAGUUGUGUUAUGCUAAUAUUUUAAUUACAUUUUUCAAUUAUGUUUAGUUUUAAAUAUUUUGAGAAGGCAAAAUAUGAAGUUGUAAUUAUUUAGGACAAAUGCCCUAGUUUUAUGUCUUUGUUGUCUUUUUUUUUUUACCAGUACAAUUGUACACAAAAAUGGUGUCAAGAAUAAUUAUGUUAUAAUUAAGUAGUUAAAAAUGGAGAGAGAGUUUAGUCACUGGUGUGGAGACUGUGUCUGACUUGAGCAAUGCAGAUGUAUUAAUGCUGUUCCUACUUGUGUAAACAUCAUGCCAUUUCUACACAACAUGGUUAUUUGAGAAAAUGUUCCUGUUCAUGUUCCAGACCAGCACUUUAGGGUUAGAGACCACUCAGUAAAAUCAUGCUAAUAGAAAAUAAACACUUUCUGCAUGUAUUUAGACACCAAUAACCCAAAGACUUUAGCAGUUUAUACGCCACACUUCAUAGGAUUUGUGUUUUCUAGUCUCAACACCAAACACUUUUUCCAUAGUAUUGUCUUUUCACCACCUACAAGAGGGUAAACAUGUUGUGUUAUAAUAUGGGUUUAACAUAAGGGGGUUAUUUGGAAAUCAUAGAUACCUUUAAACCAAAAUGUACAGUUUGUGGUUUAUGACUGUGAAAUGCUCAUCUGAACAUAACAUUUCCAGCUCUUAUUGAAAAGAAAGGAAUUGCAGGCUCACUGUACUGUUUGUGAGGCAAUUUCAUCAACUGAAAUUGAUCAGUUGUUCGAGCAAAAACACUACAGCUGCUCUUGUCACUUGACAUAAAGCUUGCAUUAUAAGAAAAGACAGGUGAUGUGAGAAAACAAGAAAAUCCUAUAUCUGUGUUCUAUGGAGAAAGAUCAGCGCAGCACCACUGGCGCUGUGAGAGGCAGCAUACAAACGACAGACCUCCAUUACCUUAGUUUAUUGAGUGUGAGGACUUUAUGCAACAAUCAGAUACCUCUCACGACAAGGCAGCAAGAAUUAAAGCCAGUAAUUUAUCUUUUUCACAUCUCUUAUGUUGGCAAACAAUUUACACCAACUGCCAGACCACACUCAGGUUCCCCCCAGCAGUGGAAAAGAGUUGAGUGACAACAACAAAAAAGCCAGACGUGAUGUUAGGCUACUGGUUUUGCAAUGUGGGAGGCAAUGCCUCUCUUUUGCAAAGUGUAUUGCUGUUUGUGUUUGUAGACGCACAAACACAACCAUUAUUGACUGUUGGUUUCUAUGAGAGCUGCACUCCACAUCAUCGGAUUGUGUGCAGCACUAAAGGAUUUGGAGGAUUCCAUUAACACAACAUCAAACAGGAACAGUGAAUUAAAACAAAUUAGUCUGUGUGCCUGUUUAAUGGUGGGGCAAUGAUGUGCUUCUUAUGAACCCCCAGCUCUGAUUGAGUGUGUUUUCACAUAUGGUUAUUUUAAAUUAAUGCGAGCUCGGUCAACACUGAGCAGGCCCAAAGGAGAAGAGCGAGCCAGAGCCGGUGAUCUCUGCUCUGUUAAUGUUCAUCUUUUCCUCUCUUAAAAGAAAAUUCUCAUAUUUUUUUCCUGGCUUGCCCCCAGCUCUGGUGAGGUCAUAGUCCACCACCCAUGUGCACCUCAGUUUUUCUUUUUGCUUCGUGGCUCUUGGGGAUAACAAGGUUUAUGCUCCUUGAUGUGAAAAAAGAGCCAAUACCCAAAUCAAAACGGCAUGAAACAGAUAGGGCCAUUAUUGAAAUUGAUCAGGGUAAUCAUCAGCUGAAUCUGACAGGCUAAUCAUGGUUUGUUUUCACACACAAGACAAAGAGAGAGAGAGAGAGAGAGAGAGAGAGAGAGAGAGUCAGCCACUGCAGACUAUUCAUCUCCAGCACAGUGAUGUUUGGAAAUGACAUGGUAAUUAUUCCAUCCUGGCUUGAAGGGUGGCAUCACUGAUCUCUCGUCUAUUUUGCAGUCAUUUUGCCACAAGAUUAACCACAUUUAAGAUGAACUGAAGUCAGAUCACCUCCCAAGGAGGUCUGUGCUGGGAUCCCUUCAGAAGGGCUUGUGUGAAGUGGUUGCUGUCAAUUUGCACAAACAAUCACACUCAUUGCUUUGAGUUCACUUGAAAGGUUGAAAAGGAGCCAAAUGUGAACGCAGCUCGCUUAAUAGUUUGUCUGAAAAUCAAUUAACAAAAACACACACCUCACUACUUCUCUUUCUGGCACACACACCUGCGCCACAGAUUCUUCUGAAGUAAGACGGUUUAUUGUAAAUUUCUGCCUACAUUUGUUUUGUAGAACAGCCAAGCACACAUUGUAAAAGCUGGGUCAUUUAGUUUAUUUUUUCUACCUCUGAGCAUUCAUUAAACUCCAAUUAUUUAACGGCACAGCAAUUACCACCUUAAAGUAAUAUUUAGAUCUGGUCAUGGAUGUGCAUUAUGUGCGCUGUAAUAACAAUGUAAGUGAGACUCAUUGACAAAAACCCUUGCUCUACCACACUGCUGCAUGGUCACUAUUGUUUCUCCGGGAGUAUCACAGCACUCCACAGGUUUCUGAAAAGACAUUGCAGUUUAUUUUCUUUGUCUUUAAUGAGUGUCAUGUUGUUUUGUUGAAGCAGAUCAAAUACUGAGGACAAACCCAUGUUAAGUGCUUACCUUUAGAAUACAAACGGAUCUGUACAAACCAGCAGGGCUGCUGUGAAAUUAUAACAUGUAUUGCUAGAUUAAAUUCAAAUGAAUUUUUUUUUAAACACGUAACCAGAGGUAAGGAAGUGAUUUUAUAGCGGACUUAAGACACCUAAUAUCCACCUUAUAAUAGCGAUGCCAUAUGGUCACUAUGGCAGUGAUUCAGAGUUGAGGCUGCACUGAGCAUUAGAGACUUCAAACCAAAACUGAGCAAAUUAAUAUUCUGACUUUAGAUGCAUCAUUAAGAGGAACCCUGCUAAUUGUCAAUAUCAAGCAAGCAUUUUGUGUUUUAACUGAUGAGAUCUGUGGUCACAGACACAAUGUGGUAAACUGUGAGGCACUGAGCUGAAGAAGAAACAGAGGCAAUGAGCAAUCUGAUCUGUGACAUGAGGACGAGGUAUUCUGCCUCUUCAGUGGCGAUAGAAAGCAGUCAGCACCUGUCAGAUUUCUGCUAGAAAUCCUGCUGGAUCAUAUUCAAAAGUUUUGGCCUUGGUCUGAGCCACAUGCAGCUAACAGAAAAGUAUCAUCUUCGUUUCAUUCUUCUCCCUGCUGUUCCAAACAUGUUACAAGAGAAGGCAUGCGGAGAAAACCUAUGCAGGUUGCUUCUUUAAACGCUUAAUUUGGAUUGUUUUCUGACCUGAGGCCUUUUGUAUUUCUUAGCACCAGGGAUCUAGAUGCAUUGUGGCCACUGGUUGCCUCAAGGUUAGACAAGCUGACUAGCACAGCAGUUAAAUAAACACAAUCUCAUUACAUUUAGUGAGACAGUGUGAUGUUUUGCUUUGCACAACACAGCUAUUUGCCAUGUUAUGGCUCAUUUAGUUGAGAAAACGCUAAUAAGUUCUCAGUUGGCCCCUCAUAUUGUCCUGUUGUUAACUGGACUCAUCCUCUAUUGUAGAACUGAAGGGAUAUAAGCCUCACUCAGUGUUGUGACUGCAGCUCUUUGCUAAAUACAGUAACAGCAUGUUUAUGCAAGCAGUCUCUUCGUGAGUUAAAUACAGUUAAAAAUUGAACAUUGAUUGUUUCUCCCUAUGAGGUAUGAACAGCUGCAUAUAACAUGCAUCACAGUCAGGCAAACUGAACACAGCAGGAGUUGGCAUACCUACUUCAAUGGGAAAUAAGCAACUUCCAUAAUUGAUAAUAAUUCAUCAGCUCUCAGACAAACAGUAGGCACUUGUACUUCAGUUUCUUUCUGCAUGACAUUAAAAAGUCAGCCUCUGUGCUGUCUUAUUAGAGCAAAUGCAAAUGUUCCAAACUCCCACCAAGCAUGACUUUUAAAAAGGAUAUGCAAGACACACUGCAAGUCCCAUUCAAGCCAAACUUAUAAUGAUAAAACCUAGCAACCCGGGGAGAGGAUCUUGGAAAUACACUAGUAAAAUAUUUCUCAUCCACCCCCAAAGUUCAGCUAGGAAACUGCACUGAGAAGGCCUGAAUACACAUAACUUUCCCUUUUUCUGUCUGACUCCAGUCAGCCAAUUCUGAAUCACAGCCCAUGAAGGCUUAUAUUUUGGCAGUAGCGCUGCAUAUUUAUGUUGAUAUGACCAGUUCUAUUGUCUGUUUGAAGACUGCUAAGGAUUGCAGGACUCAUUCUCUCUUAACCCAAGCAAACAUGGGCCCAGUUGGAACAUUGGCUGAGUUGGAGAAAAAACUAUGAGUAUAUUUAUUUUCUUUGUCUCCAUAUGUGCAAGGCAAGAGAAUAGUCUUUGAAGAAAAACUGACACCAUUUAUGAAAAAUGACUGAGCUUGUACCGCACCUACCAGAUAUUACUAUUAAUUUUAGGUGUUUUGUGACAUUUGUGUGAUUUGUAUUGGAUUCUGGAAGAGAUCAUUUUUGGAUGUGAACUUUAGUUAGACAUGAGAAAUCAAACCUUUGUCUCAGCUGCCAGGGGAUUAUCAUAACAGACGCAUGAAGUCUCAUGAUCUGUUGGGAUUUAUUUUGGAUGAUUCACAUUAAUAAAAUUAUUCCCUUUGCCUGGCUACAAGUUCACAGGGCUCUCUUCAGAUUAGAUUGUUCCCAAGUGAAGGGGGACAUCAUGCUUUUUGUGUCCCUGCAAUGUAAAGGAAUGUUGGUUCAUAUGUAUUUUCUUGAUGCAAAGUGUGUGCUCAUAUUUAAGACUGACAAUAAUAAAAUGUUGUAUCUUAA